AUGCCGAGCGUUUUUGAGCUCGAGGUCUCCCUGUACAAAGAUGCGAAAGAUGCUCUCAAUUUGAAAGGAGUUGACACGCCUGAAGGCCUCUUGGAUAGAACCACCUUCCACGAGGAAUGGAAAACGGAUCUGUAUUUAAAGGACUUCUACACGAAGGUUGAAGACCCAGCUAUGCGGAUGGUGUUGACAUUUCUGCCAAUGGUCGCCUCGCGGAUCGGGCCGGUGAAGAGGAUUCUGGAUUUUGCAGCUGGUCCGACGAUUCAUGUAUCUGUAUGCUUCAGGCAUACCGCUGAAGAGAUCUACUUGGCCGACUAUUUGCCACAGAAUCGAAAGGCAUUGCAGGAAUGGCGGGAUGAAAAGAUGGAUUUUGAUUGGUCAACCCCGCUUAAAAUUAUCGCAACUCAAGAGGGUGGCAGCUGGAAUAAUAUUAAUGAGAUGGAGCCGGCAGCGCGGAAAAAGGUAAAAGACGUGUUCCACUGUGAUUGCUUCGAGGACCCGGCUGUGAAGUGUUCGGAGGAUCUGCAGGGAACAUUUGAUGCCCUGGUGACAAUCUUCUGCGUUGAAUAUUGCUGCAACGAUUUCGACGAGUAUAAAAAAGCCAUCAAGAACAUGGCGCGCCAGAUUCGACCUGGAGGUCAUCUGGUGAUGGGCGGCGUCUUUGAAGAGACAUGGUGCUGCUUCGGAGGGCGGAAUUUCACUUGCCUCUACAUCACCCAGGACAUGAUGAUGGAGGCGUUCAGUGAAGCCGGCCUCUCCGUCGAGGGAGAUCGCAGUUGCAUUCUCUAUGAGGUCAACGGCAUGUACAUGGUUAUCGCGCGGAAAGCGGAA